AAUCCAGUGUUCGUUGAGAUAGUUGUUCCUUGGUUAUUCGGGCUGAUAGCCGUCGUGGGCCUCGUUGGCAACGCUCUCGUCGUUCUGGUCGUGGCGUGCAACCCCCAGAUGAGAUCAACGACCAACAUCCUCAUCAUCAACCUAGCAAUCGCAGACUUGCUAUUCAUUGUUUUUUGCGUACCUUUCACAGCGACAGACUACGGGAUCGGUUUCUGGCCUUUCGGAGAUGUCUGGUGUCGAACCGUACAAUACUUCAUCAACGUCUGCGCUUACGCGAGCAUAUACACGUUGGUGCUGAUGUCAAUUGACCGAUACUUAGCGGUGGUGCACCCAAUCACUUCAAUGCAGUUGAGGGUAGAACGCAAUUCACUCAUCGCGUGUGCCGCUUUAUGGGUCAUCAUCCUCAUCAUAUGCCUUCCGGUCGCCUUCAUUCACGGUACUAACGAGGUACGGAACCCGUCCGAGGUCUAUUGUACCUUCGACAUGGAUAAUUACGAUCACAACCUCUAUCAGGUCGUUUUCUCGCUCACAUCGUUCUUCGCUCCACUGACGGUCAUUUUCGUUCUGUACGUUCUAAUGCUCAAUCGAUUGUGGCUGCGGGCGCGAAGCUCCGCUGAGAGUGUGCGAAGUCGUCGUCGUGUCACAAGACUGGUGGUGGUCGUCGUUGUGACAUUCGCUGUGUGCUGGGCUCCGAUUCAGGUCAUCCUCUUCCUAAAAAGCAUGCAGAUGAUCAACGUGGCGUCUAAUAUGAUCCUGCUGAUCCUUCAAAUCUGCUCGCAGAUACUGGCCUAUACUAAUUCUUGUCUGAACCCGAUCCUCUACGCAUUCCUUUCCGAGAACUUCCGCAAGGCAUUCAGAAAGCUGAUUCUUUGCGGGGCGCGGGAGGCGCCUAUCGGACCACAGCACCAUGGAAACCAGCACUGUGUGAAUCCUCGCGGCUCCAUGGUCACCACAACGAACGGUCACAAGAAUGGGACGACCACAUUAGCCACUCACAGUCAGAUAAUUAGUGAUAUCUUGUGA